UGAGUCACGGUGAGGAGCAGGCUCGCUCCGGUGCCGCCCUCCCUGGGCUGGGUGGCUCCCCGGGGUCCUCCAGCGCUGCAGAGGUUCCUGGUGUCGCGGUGGCCUCCCUCUUAGGCCGCCACUUCCGCUCUCUCAUCACCAGAACACUUUCUAUAGACUGCAGCAACAUGGGGUCCUCCAAAAAGGUUACUCUGUCGGUGCUCAGUCGAGAGCAGGCAGAAGGGGUUGGGGCACGGGUCCGAAGGAGCAUUGGCAGACCUGAGCUAAAAAAUCUGGACCCCUUUUUACUGUUUGAUGAAUUUAAAGGAGGAAAACCAGGAGGAUUUCCUGAUCACCCACAUCGAGGUUUUGAAACAGUAUCUUACCUUCUGGAAGGGGGCAGCAUGGCCCAUGAAGACUUCUGUGGGCAUGUUGGUAAAAUGAACCCAGGAGACCUGCAGUGGAUGACUGCAGGCCGGGGCAUUCUGCAUGCUGAGAUGCCUUGCUCAGAGGAGCCAGCCCAUGGCUUACAACUGUGGGUUAAUUUGAGAAGCUCAGAGAAGAUGGUGGAACCUCAGUAUCAGGAAUUAAAAAGUGAAGAAAUCCCUAAACCCAGUAAGAAUGGUGUGACAGUUGCUGUCAUUUCAGGAGAAGCCCUGGGAAUCAAGUCCAAGGUUUACACUCGCACACCAACCCUGUAUUUGGACUUCAAAUUGGACCAAGGAGCAAAGCAUUCUCAGCCUAUCCCUAAAGGGUGGACAAGCUUCAUUUACACCAUAUCUGGGGAUGUAUAUAUUGGGCCUGAUGACACUCAACAAAAAAUAGAACCCCAUCAUACAGCAGUGCUUGGGGAAGGUGAUAGUGUCCAGGUAGAGAAUAAGGAUCCUGAAAGAUGCCAUUUUGUUUUAAUUGCUGGGGAGCCAUUGAGGGAACCAGUUGUACAACAUGGUCCAUUUGUGAUGAAUACCAAUGAGGAAAUUUCAGAGGCUAUUCUUGAUUUCAGAAAUGCAAAGAAUGGGUUUGAAGGAGCCAAAACCUGGAAGUCAAAGAUUGGAAAUGAGUGAAGAGCACAAGAACCAUCCUAAUUCUUUCUACAACUUUAUCAUUUUUGUAUUGUCAACCAUUCAAGGCAUUCAAUUUCCAAAGAAUCCUACAUUAAGGUGAUAGCAUAAUUCUGGAAGCAAUUCAAGUAGGAAAUUUCCUGGCAUGUGCAAAUAAAUCUAGUUGUUGCUUCUCCAAAA